AUGAUAGGAAGUACUUCUUUAGCUGUAGAAUCUGCACAACAUUAUUUUAAAUUAGUUGUUGGCACACUUUACUUAAACCAAAACAUUGAUGUUGGAAAGUAUUGUGAACUUUCUGUUUCACAAUUAACAUCUACUGUUACUAAUGAAAAACGUUCUAUAAAGACUUCAGGAAAAAGGAUGGUUAUAACAGAGAUUGAUGCUGAUCUUUAUCGAUUAGUAGAACCUACACAAGUUAUUAUCUCAGCUGUACCAAUAACUGAAACAUAUUCCAAUAUUGUUAAAUGUACUUUAGAUGGAACCUUUGUAACAGGAACUGAUCUUGUUUGUCCAUGCCAAAGUCUUACUGGAUAUGAAUGUGAACUUGAAUUUACAGGAUCAACUAAUCCAAUAACAUUUCCAAGUGAGAAUAUUGCUUUACAUAAGUUGACACUUCCAAGUGGAGCUACUAUUUCUGGAACAGGUAGUUUAAGUGUUAUGAAUCUCGAGAUCAAAGGAGAUGUUACCAUUAAUGGAUUUUCAAGUGUUGACAUUAACUCUCAAACAGGAGAGUCUAAGAUAACAAUUUCUACUAAUGGAAAAUUAAAAGGAACAAGUUCUAAGACUGUUACAUUUAGUCCAAGUUCUUCUUCAGUAAAGUUAGAAUAUUAUGGUACAAGUGUUGAAACAUUAAUAGUUGAUAAAGAUGGAACAUUUAUUAACAGUGGAAAUGAUAUUAAGACUGUUACAUUAAGUAAUAGUGGUAAAUAUACGGUACCAGAAGGAAUUACUGUUAAUAGUGGAACUAUUAAUGUGUGUCCAACAUGUGUUGUUAAUAUUAACGGAGAAUAUACAGAAAGUCUUAAAAUUCAAUCUACUGGUACAAAAGAUAACACAAAUAAUGAAUAUAACGUCAAUUUUAGAAUGUUUAAAGACUUUGUAGAAAAAGUAGUAACAAGUACAGACGCAAAGAAAAUCACAUUCCAUCCAAGUGGAAAGAAGGUUAUUUUUAAAGAAAUGGAUUAUACAAGUACAAAUGAACUAAUUGAUGUGUGUGACUAUACUAACAAAUUCUAUAAGACAAAUACUAAGAAUAAAUGUGCAUCAAUGAAAGUAGAAGGAAUUGAACCAAUUGAAGUUUCACUAACAACAAGUGAUGUAACUGGAGCAGAUAAGUUUAUAAUUGAAAAAGGACUCAGUGUUAAUACAAGUAAAGUUAUCUUUAAGACAUGUGGUACAAUUAAAACACUUAAACUUUUAUUGUCUGAUGUCACACUCACUAAGCCAAAUGGACAAGCAAGUUGUGAACUUACAGUAACAGAAGGAAUUAAAUCAGAGACUAAUGAAAAAGAAAGUCAUAGUCCAGAAGUUAAAGUAACACUUGAUAAUAUUCAACUUAAAAAUACAGACAUUAGUGUACCAAAAUUGGUUUUAAAAUCAGCAACAAUAACCGCCAAUAAAGAUAUAAAAAUUCCAACACUUUCUAUGGAUGGAAAAUCAAAGAUCAAUCUUGGACAAUAUGGGUUAAAUGUUGAGGAAGUAUCAUUUGAUUUCUCUGAUAUAACAGAAUCUAAUAAACAAGAAGCAUUGAUUAAUUCAAAUAAAGACAAAGGAUUUGUAGUUGAGAAGAUAAUGACAGUUUCAUCAACACCAAAACCGGAAGUAAAAAAUAUUUAUAUUACAAAACAAGAUGAUAAAAUAACAUAUUCAGGAGAUGUACCAAAUAAAUUUUAUUUAGCUUGUUAUGGCAGAGCACUCAUUUAUAAUAUCGACACAACUUAUAAAUGUGAUGAAGUAUUUAAAACACCAAAGAAAUGUACAAUCAAAACAGGAGAAAAAGAAAUUGACUUCAAUUCAGAAAGUUCAUAUAAUGAAGCAUUAUGUCCAUGUCAUUACUCAGAUCCUAAAGGAGAACAAGAUUUAAUUGGUUCAUGCCGAAUAGUAUAUGAAGAAAAUAAAGAAAGAAAAGAUAAAGUAACUAUUAGCUCAAACAGUGAUAUUAAUGUUAAUGAAAUUAGUGUUAAUAGUAUUAAUGAAGUAACAAUAAAGGCAUUAGAUAAGAAAAUUAUUUCAAAAGUAUAUGUAUUAGGAAAAAGAUUAAUUCUUGAAGGGUCAAGCAUCAAAUUAUCUGAAAUACAUGGAACAGAGGAGUCUAGUUCUACUUCAGUGCCUGAACUUGAAUUAAAAGGAAAAAGUGCAAUUGAAACAAUUACAGGAAAUAUGAAUAUUAUAACUAAUAA